AUGGCAACCUACCGUCCAAAACUUUUGCCAAGAAAACCAUCGACAAACACAUACCAAAUCAAAAAACAUGAUAGUAACAAGUUGAAUACACCCUUUACUGCGGCAACAUGGAACGUUAGAACGCUGUACCAAACUGGAAAAUUUGAAAAUGUAAAACAAGAAAUUAAAAGAAUGAAGCUCAGUAUUCUAGGUUUGAGCGAAACUCGGUGGAAGAAAUCCGGUGUCAUUACCUUUGAAGAAGACGUUAAUAAAUCUGAAAAUGAAAUAUUUGGAGAUGCCCUCACAGAAUCAGCAAGGGAAGUAAUACCUGUGAAGAAGCAAAAAAUAGGUCAGAAAGGAAUAACAGAUGACAUCGUAUCUUUGAUGGAUGAACGAAGAAAAGUUAAAAGUUGCAAUCCUGAUAGUUACAAAAAGAUGGACAAAGCAAUCAAAAAAAUGUGCUUAGAGGCAAAGAAGAAAUGGUGA